AUGUCGUCUCUCCGCGCCUUCUCGCCGGACGGGCAGCAGCUCGCCGAGGCGGCCCCCGACGGCCGGCUGCAGCUGUGGGACACCGGGUCCUCCACCCUGCGGCAGGAGCUCGCUCGCUCCUCCCACCUCGCGCUGCGCUCGACCUGUGUGGCGUGGCACGGCAAGUCGGCCGCCGCCGCGCUGGUGGCCGUGGGGACGGACGGCGGCGCGGUGCUGCUGUGGGACGCCGCGCGCGGCGAGCUCGCGCACGAGCUGCGCGGCCACACCCAGGCGGUGCUCGACGUCGCCUUUGACGGCGCAGACACGCUCUACUCGAGCGGAGCCGACAAGCAGGUCUGCUGCUGGAGCGUGUCGUCGGGCUCGCUGGUGCACACCUUCAAGGCGGGCAAGGCGGCGGUCCACCGCCUCUGCCUCGCUCCCGACGGGCUGCACGCCGCGCUCGGCGGCUCCGCCAUCCGCCUUGUGCGGCGCGAGGGCUGGAAGCGGCUCGCGCGGCUACCGGGCCACGCGGAGCCGGUCCAGUGCCUCUCCUUCUCGCCCGACGGGCGGUACCUCCUCUCGUCGUCGGGUGACCGCCACCUCACCCUCUGGUCGGUCAGCUACGCCUCUGCCUCCUCCUCGGACGCGCUCGAGCAGUCGGCCGCCUCGCUCGCGCUCGAGGCGGAC